GAUUGUUAGUCUCAUUGAAGAGCUCCCUCAAAUACAGGGAGCAGAAACUGAGGAAGAGGCUGGAACCAUUUUAUUUCGCUGGGACGUACUGGGGAAAGGGCAAUUUCCAGGUCAUAAGCUCUGCUGAAAAUGUCUGCCCAGUUUUCUCCGCAGGCACCCUGGAGGAACAACAACAUCAGUUUUCUGAGCAGAGAGGCAGCUGUAACAGAGCAAGGAGAGACUAUCAUAGGUUUCUACCUACUGGCUUUAGGUUGGCUGUCUUGGUUUGGAAACAGCGUAGUGAUUUUCGUCCUGUAUAAACAAAGACAUCUUCUGCAGCCCACCGACUACCUCACAUUUAACUUGGCAGUAUCAGAUGCUAGUAUCUCCGUGUUUGGUUAUUCACGGGGGAUCAUUGAAAUCUUCAAUGUCUUCAGAGAUGACGGAUUCAUUAUCACAUCAAUAUGGACCUGCCAGGUUGAUGGUUUCCUGACACUUCUCUUUGGCCUGGCUAGCAUUAAUACCCUUACAGUAAUCAGUGUGACUCGCUACAUCAAAGGUUGCCACCCUGAGAGAGGUCAUUGCAUCAGCAACAGCAGUAUGACCGUGGCUCUGGUUCUCAUUUGGAUAGCAGCUUGCUUCUGGUCAGCAGCCCCAUUACUUGGCUGGGGCAGUUAUACAGAUCGUAUGUAUGGCACAUGUGAGAUAGACUGGGCAAAAGCCAGCUUCUCUACAAUCUACAAGUCCUACAUUGUCUCCAUUUUUAUCUGCUGUUUUUUCCUACCUGUCACAGUCAUGAUCUUCUCAUACGUGUCAAUUAUCAAUACUGUCAAGCUAAGCCAUGCAUUAACAGGACUGGGUGAUCCCACAGACAGACAGAGGAGAAUGGAGCGGGAUGUCACCAGGGUUUCUAUUGUCAUUUGCACAGCCUUCAUUAUUGCAUGGUCACCAUAUGCUGUCAUCUCUAUAUGGUCUGCCUAUGGUCACCCUGUGCCCAACCUUACCAGCAUCCUUGCCAGUUUGUUUGCGAAGUCCGCCAGCUUCUACAAUCCCAUUAUCUACUUUGGAAUGAGCUCCAAAUUUCGGAGGGACAUUUUCAUCUUGUUCCAUUGUGCCAAGGAAGUCAAGGACCCUGUGAAACUCAAACGCUUCAAAAACCUCAAGCAAAAACAGCAAGAGCAUUCUCAGAAAGAAGAGAAGUAUGCAGGAGAAACGCACCCUGCACCAAGCCCUGAUUCUGGGGUGGGAAGUCCAACCAAUACCCCACCACCAGCAAACAGGGAAGAGUAUUUUGGUAUUCUCGAUACACCAUCUAAUAACCCUGAUAUUGAGUGCGAUAGACUGUAA